AUGCCAUAUCUUCUACAAUCUCGUGUUCUCUCCGCUGCGGUCAUAUCCAGUAUGCAUAAUAAGUUUGGCUCGGUUCUUCGCAUUGGUCCAAAUGAACUGUCGUUCAACAGCCCGCAGGCAUUCCAGGAUAUCUACGGAUUUCGUCCAGGCAAACCACAGCUUGCUAAAGACCCAAAGCUAUACGCCUCCAAGCUGAACGGUGUCCGCGACAGUAUCGCAGGAUAUCUGGAUAACGAAUCCCAUACAAGACAGCGUCGCCUACUGUCCCAUGCUUUUUCAGACAAAUGUCUUCGCGAACAGGAAGGAGUGAUUGUCCCUUUUGUAGAUUUGCUUAUAUCUCGACUGCGCGAGAGGACGCAGAUGAAUAAAAACGACAAAUCUGAAGAAGACAUCAAGAGCUGGUUCAACUUCGUCACAUUUGACAUAACGGGCGAUCUAAUGUUUGCAGAAACAUUUGGCUGCCUAGAGAAUAGCAAGCUGCAUCCUUGGAUCUCGCUUAUAUUUGCUACGCUGAAGGGUAUCACAUUUCUGACGGUGGUGAACCAAUUCUCACUGCUACGGAAAAUGCAAGACAUCUGUCUCCCGGAAUAUCUAAGAGGCCAAAUGAUGAAGCAUUUCAAUCUUAGUGCGCAGAAGGCUGAUCGCCGACUGGAAAAGGGAACAACUAGACCUGACUUCAUGUCUUCCAUACUGAAACAUGGUUUGUGUGACGAGAAGGAGCAGUUCAUUGAGGACCAGCCGAUCAUGAGUCGGGCAGAGAUUCAUGCAAAUUCGGUUUUUAUAACUAUCGCUGGAAGCGAAACGACCGCUUCACUUCUCUCGGGAUGUGUAUAUUAUCUGUGCAAAAAUCCUCAAGCCAUGGUUGAUCUAUGCAAAGAGGUGCGCUCCGCAUUCUCCCAAGACAGAGAUAUCACAUCAACAAAGUGUCUUCGCUUGAAAUACCUCAACGCAGUGAUCGAAGAAUCCCUCCGCUUGUACCCUCCACUGGUCACGAACCUGCCACGAAUCAUCCCUAAGGGCGGCGAUGUUGUGGAUGGACAUAUACUGCCUGAAUAUAUAACUGUUUCCACCCACCACUACGCGUCAUAUCACGCCGCGGCCAACUUUGCCUUCCCAGAAGAAUUCAUCCCAGAACGUUGGCUGGGAUCUGAUCCGCGGUUUAUCAAUGAUAAAAGAGAUGUGGUGCAGCCUUUCAGUUUGGGGCCGAGGAACUGUCUCGGUAAAAACCUUGCCUACCUAGAAAUGCGCUUGAUUCUGUCCAAACUUCUUUACAAUUUUGAUAUCCAUAUCUGCAAGGAGAGUGAAAAUUGGAUCGACCAGGAUGUGUAUACGAUCUGGAAUAAGCCGGCGUUGAUGGUUGAAUUGGAGGAUAGAAUGGCGUGA